UGACGAAUCACCUGGACAGCGGCUCACCAUGUCCAUGUCAGAAAGUGAAGAAGAACCACGAAGCACCAUCCAACUGGUCUCCGUCAUUCAUGUGGACAAACCAGACUUUGACAAUGUGUCUGCUUCUACGGGGUCACAGCUGCCGCUGAGCAACGGCGACGGUGCGAACGUCACCUUACAAAUAACGACAGACCACGUGACCCCAGAAAGGAAGGACAACUCUCAAUGGCACAAGCUGUGCUUCCUGCACCGCGUGAACCACUUCAUCCGGCGCAGCGUCCACACGCGCUGGAUGGUGGUGAGAAAACUGCUGCAGGUGGCGCUGCUGUUGCUGUACGUGGCCUACUUUUCCUACGCCAUGUACCACAAGUCCAGCGGGGAGCCGGCCCUCCGCCUCCUCGUCUUCACUGUCAUCGGCGCUGUCGUCCUCGUCCGUCGUCUCCUGGCCAGACUCGGCCUCUGUGGUCGACCUGCGUGUGUCGGGCAGUUGUUGGACAGAUGUCGUGAGAGAGGCAUUCAUAUAAGAAAAAUUAUUAAAUGGACUCUCUAUUUUUUGAGUACUGGGGGCGCCGUGGCAUUCCUUAUUGUAGAAAUCGCCAUCAAACACCCGCGGAACUUGAUAUCUCUUGUCGGACUUGCUGUUCUCCUCUUGAUAUGCUAUCUUAUCUCAGUCCAACCCGAAAAGGUCAACUGGCAUGCGGUGUACUGGGGCAUGGCCCUGCAGUUCUGGUUUGCUGUUAUCAUCCGAAGGACUUCUUUUGGAUCCAGCGUCUUCGAGUGGCUUGCAGAUCGUGUGGUGGAGUUUCUGAGUUACACGGACAAAGGAUCGGAAUUUGUUUUCGGACGCUCCUAUCGAGAUCACUUCUUUGUGUUCCAGGUGAUGCCGACUAUCAUUUUCUUCAACUCUGCAAUCGUGAUGCUGUACCACCUGGGUGUCAUCCAGAUAUUUGUCGCCAAAUUCGGGAGCCUGAUGAGCUUCUGUCUGGGCACGAGCCCCAUCGAGUCCGUCAACACCGCCAGCAACUUGUUUCUCUCCAUGACCGAAUCAACGGUUCUAAUCCAACCUUUCAUUGGUGAGCUGACCAAGUCGGAGCUGUUCGCUGUGAUGACGGGAGGAUUUGCCAGCAUCGCCGGGUUUCUGCUGGGGGCCUUCAGCGCCUAUGGUGCUCCCAUCGACCAUCUACUAACUGCCAGCGUGAUGUCGGCACCCGCUGCCCUCGCCUUUGCCAAGCUUCUGUUUCCUGACGAACGGCCGCCCUCCAUCACAGCCAAAGAUGCCUACACAGUGGCACUGGGACAUUCCAGCAGUCUUCUUGGGGCCUUGUCUCACGGCGCCAGCCAGGGUCUGAAGAUGGCCAGCAACGUUGUCAUCAACCAGAUCGUCUACAUCGCUCUGCUGGAAUUCCUCAACAUGACGCUGAUGUGGUUUGCCGAGCGUGUCGGUGUGGAGGGCUUCACCUUCUCUGACCUCAUGGCCUACAUCAUGUACCCAUUGACCUACACCAUGGGUUUUGAGACUCAGGACUGUUUCAAGAUGGCAGGUCUUCUGGCGCAUAAAAUUCUCACAACUACAAUGUUGUCUUACGUGGAGCUUGGCCAUCUUAUCACCAACAACAGACACCUUGCUAACUACGUGGAAACCACGAACGGCACGUGGCGCCAUCUGGGUGACGACAUUUCCUUGAUGCCACUAACACAACUCUUGUCGGAGGUGUCGUCUCGGAAAGGUCUGGGGUGUUGGCGACCUACAUGUUGUGCGGACUCAGUAACCUGGGUUGCAUCGGCAUCACAAUCGGAGCGUUCGUGUCGCUGCCCCCAGCGCAUUCGUGACGUCAUCAAGCACGCUCCCUUCGCUCUCCUGGCCGGAAACUUCGCCUCCUUCUCUACGGCCUGCGUGGCAGGUCUUCUAUUUACUGACUAAAUAAAAUACGUUUCGCAACAUUCACCUGAUGUGGUAUCGUGCGUUUAAACAUUUUAAACAUUGCGUUUGAACUGUUCUUUUUUACAUUAUUAUAUACUUCGGCCAUUUCUUCCUCCUUUUGUUUACACUCUAAUUCUGUGCUUUGGAGUGUAUGAUUUGUUUGUUUGUUUUCUCCUUGCAAACAAAUCAAAUUACAUGUUAGGCUGAUGAUGAUGUACAGUGGUAUGUACAAUAGGGUCAUACAUCAAUCACACAAACAUUCAGAACAAUAGAAAUCGUGCAACAAAUCAACAGAGUGAAAGCUGAAGACAACAUAAAACUAGUCAGUGGACUUGUUAACUAAAACUCCAAAUGUUCGUUUAAUAGCUGUAUUGCGAUACCACGUUUGAAUUAUUAUUUAUUUAUAAAAUGCGCUUCAGAUACUUCGUGCUUCUAUUCUAAAAGAAAGAAUAAUUAAUGCUGGCAGUGUGCUCUGCCCAAUGUGAAUAUGACUGUGUUGUAUGUGUGUUGCGUCUUGGCAUUAAUUGUUUGUUUGUAAGCGAAUAAAUAUUUUUAACAUGCUUUGUUUGUCUUCAGAUG